AUGAAUGAGAAGGAAGGGUCAUCAGUAGCAGCGAUGGCAGGUUUCUACUAUCUCUUCGGUAUCCUCUUUCUCCUAGCUCACAGAUCUCAUGCUAGCUUUCCUGCCGAGCUUGAAACUGAAGAAUCCGCUGGAAGUGCUGUAGGAGAUUCCCAUGUGCCCGUUCAACCACUUCCUACAGCUCAAGUUGUAGCAUCCGCUCCUAUUGCCAAUGUAGCACCAGCCGUGGCGUCAGCUUCAGUUGCUCAUGUUGCUCCAGCUAUGCCAACGGCUGCAGUUCCUGGAGCUGUUGCUCCAGCUUCAGCUCUUCUGCCGCCUCAGCCCUAUCCAAUUAUCCCUUAUGCAUCGAAUUACCCACUUUACUAUCCUCUCACUGCACUGAGAAACGUAAAGAAGACCUAUGUUAAAGAAUCCGGCCACAGCUCCCAAACAGAUAUAGUUUCUGAAGGUGGUCAUCUUUCUAAGUCUUUCGGCUUCCACCCAUUUGGAAAGAUCCCAGAUGCAGUAGCUUCGCCAGAACUAAUGCGCUCUCGUGCAAGCAAGAAGCUAGCAUCAAAGAAAACUCUUCGAGCACACAAGAAGUUCGACAAGAAGAAGAAUUGA